AUGAGCCAAAUCCCGUUGGUUUCGCAGUACGACCCCUACGCCCAGACUGCUCAGCUGCAGCAGUUGCAGCAGCAGCAGCAGCACCUUCAGCAGCAGCAGAUGAACCCGGAACCCGAUGUGCUGCGCAACCUCAUGGUGAACUACAUUCCCACGACGGUGGACGAGGUGCAGCUGCGUCAGCUGUUUGAACGCUACGGCCCCAUUGAGUCGGUCAAGAUUGUCUGUGAUCGUGAGACACGCCAGAGUCGUGGCUAUGGAUUUGUGAAGUUUCAGAGUGCUUCAAGUGCCCAACAGGCCAUCGCUGCAUUGAACGGCUUCAGCAUUCUCAAUAAGAGGUUGAAGGUAGCUUUGGCGGCGAGUGGCCAUCAACGAUCAAGUGUUGCGGGAGCGGUCGCCGACAGCAAUGGAUACCUUGGGGCGUAUGGUGGCUACGGCGCCUACCCUUCCGCUGCGAACCCCUACGCGCAGCAGCAGAUGAUGGCAAUGUAUCAGCAGUACAUGAUGCAGGCGCCGCAGCAACAACCGCAUCAGAACCAACAACAGAUGUCGCUCUCUACCCAGUCCCCCACACAGCAGUCUCCGCCGCAGCAACAGCAGCCUUCUUCGCCGCAACAGCAACCACAAGCUGCCCGCCCUGCUCGAAGGUAG